CACUCCUGAGUGCAUGACAAGUAUAUAAGAGACACACACGAGAGCUUAUUAUCAACUUAAAAUACACUCAGUACUGCACCGCUUGGGAGCUCUAAUCAGCAGAACAAUGAAGACUUUGCUGGUGGCCCUCGUUCUUGUUCUGGUGUUGAACUACGGAUCAGCGCUGAAAUGCACCCACUGUGUACCUCAGGGAGGAACGCGCUGCACGCAAACUCAAGAGACCUGUGGCUUUGGAAAAGAUGCCUGUAUAGCGGCCAGAUUCAACUUCCCUCCCUUCAUGGGCUUUCGGAGAUGCAGCAGCACGACUGAGUGUCUUAUUCUCUCGAGUAACACUGCCAUGAAAGUUAAAUGCUGCCAUUCGGACCUCUGCAACAACAUGGCCAUCAUUUAGACCGACUCGGACACGAAACCAAUAAAACCUCCACGUUUACAAUAAUACAGAUGUUUAAAGAUGCUUUACCAUCUCUCCCGUGUUGGGAUUUUGCCCAACAAAGAGUCGUUUAUGAUUUAUUU